GUCAGGCAUGUUGUUGGGCAGCCGAAGGGGUCCGCCUACCGCCCGUGACCGUGAAUGCUCCCCACACAGUCUGUUGACAUUUAUUUGGAGAAGCAAUACGCCAAUCAAAAUAUCAGGAGAAUUGAAUACCCAACUGUAAACUGCAAGAGGAGUAUGGCGACUGUGUGCUUAUUCGAUCAGGUGUUGUACAGUAAAACCAGGCUGGCAACCUAUCUCCCUGGGAUUAAUGGUCUGGUGCAGCACAUUGCCAGCACCAUGGGUUACUCUACUAUUGGAUCCUAUGGCUCUGGUGAUCCCCAUGCUGCAGUACCUACAUCCAUAAAUGGACCUCUUAGAUUGCAGCAUGAUGAGACCAUGAGUCCUUCUAAUGUCAAAGACCACCUCUACUGCAUGCCUGGUAGUGCAGGGUUUGAAUGUAAUUUGAAGGUUUCAGAACAAAAGAGGAUUCUGACAAAAAAGAUGAUCCCUGAUCCGCUGCAUACCCCAUCGAGACCUGAGAGAUGUAUCUCUGGACUGCUUAUCAAAGAUUUUUUUCACGACCCAGCUACGAAUCACAGCACCCGUAAAGAAAACCAGGAUUUAGACAACUCAUCUGUGGAGUGCAUCAUACAGUCAUGCCCCGAAAAACUAAAACAAGAUCUGCAAUACCUGUUUCCCGAGGCGUCAAGCUCUCAUGUGACAGUGAUCACCGUGACUCAAAAGACUAAGAACGAUAUGACAGCAUGGUGUUUAGCAGUGGAAGAAGAGAGAGACCACAUGCUUGACAAGUUUGUAGAUGGAGCGAAGGAGAUCUGCUUCAUUCUCCAUAGAGAAGGAUUCUGGGCAGACUUCAUAGAUCCGUCCUCAGGCCUGGCGUUUUUUGGACCUUACACAAACAAGACAUUGUUUGAGACAGACGACAGGUACCGUCUUCUUGGCUUUCAGAUUGAAGACCUGGGUUGCUGUAGAGUUAUUCAACAUCCUUUGUGGGGGUCACAUGUGUUUGUGGGAAUAAUAUUUACCAACGCACCACCCAGCAACCUUAAUAUAAAGAAUUGUCAUGGCUUUUAAACACAAGUCCAUAUGCUUUUUUGUAAUCGAAAUGUUCUUAGCUAAAAUCUAUCUACGGUUUGCGUGUUGGUAUCAUUAUUUAGUGGACUGAAUGUAAUGCUUGCAUGAAAACUUUAAAAGGUUGUUAUUGUUUCACAAUAAAAUCUCAAAUUAAACAUU